CGGCCCGUCCGGGAGUGCAGGGUGGGGAGUCGGAGUCCGCUCGGGGGGUGCAGUGGGGCCGUCGACCUCAGGAGCGGGCGGCACCCCCCGGGACUGCCUAGGGUGGGCCGGCGCGGGCGAAGGUGUCCCGGAUCUGGCGACACUCUCCCGCCCCACUUCCGGGGCCGCCGCUUUCACUUUCUCUUCCGCCGAAACUGCUCUCCUCCUCCUCCUCCUCCGGACCGGGGGCCGGGAGCUCGGCUGAACCGCCGGGCGCCGGGGGGCGCUCGCCGCAGGGAGAAGUGGGGGCCCGGCCCGGGCUGCCCGCGUCCCGGCUGCGCGGCGUGGCCCCCGCACACCAGGCGUGUCUCGUUUUUCCGGUCGCCCUUUGCGGGCCGGGCUCGGAGCUUCCCGCCCGUUCGCCUCCCACGCGGGGUCCCGGCUGGCCCCCUGCCCCAGGCCCCGUCCCCGGUGCGCGGGAGGGUGAUGCCACCCGACGGCUGCCGGGGACCGCGAGGCACACCGAGGGCUCGGGCCCCGCCGGAGGCCGCGGGCCGGGCUGCGUUGCCCCUGGUCGCGCGCCCUCUGCCCGGCGACCUGGACUAGCCUUUCCCGGAGCUGCGGCCCCGCCCGGGGUGAUGGGAGCAACCGCGCCAGAUGGACGAGAAGACCAAGAAAGCCGAGGAGAUGGCCCUGAGACUCAGCCGAGCAGUGGCGGGUGGGGACGAGCAGGUGGCGAUGGAGUGUGCCACCUGGCUGGCAGAGCAACGGGUACCCCUGAGAGUGCAACUGAAGCCUGAGAUCUCCCCAACACAGGACAUCAGGCUGUGGGUGAGUGUGGAGGACCCUCAGAUGCACACUGUCACCAUCUGGCUCACGGUGCGUCCUGACAUGACAGUGGCUUCCCUCAAGGACAUGGUGUUCCUGGACUAUGGCUUCCCGCCAGCCCUGCAGCAAUGGGUGAUUGGGCAGCGGUUGGCCCGGGACCAGGAGACGCUGCACUCGCAUGGCGUGCGGCGGAACGGCGACAGUGCCUACCUCUACCUGCUGUCAGCCUGCAACACCUCCCUCAACCCCCAUGAGCUGCAGCGGGAGCGCCAGUUGCGGAUGCUGGAAGAUCUGGGCUUUAAGGACCUCACGCUGCAGCCCAGGGGCCCACAGGAGCCAGCACUUCCGAAGCCGGGGGCCCCCCAGGAGCCAGGUCAGGGGCCUGACACCGUUCCUGAGCCCCCACCGGUGGGCUGGCAGUGCCCCGGCUGCACCUUCAUCAACAAGCCCACACGGCCCGGCUGUGAGAUGUGCUGCCGGGCGAGGCCCGAGACCUACCAGGUCCCCGCCACGUACCAGCCGGACGCAGAGGAGCGAGCGCGCCUGGCCAGCGAGGAGGAGGCGCUGCGCCAGUACCAGCAGCGGAAGCAGCAGCAGCAGGAGGGGAACUACCUGCAGCACGUCCAGCUGGACCAGAGGAGCCUGGUGCUGAACACCGAGCCCGCCGAGUGCCCCGUGUGCUACUCGGUGCUGGCGCCCGGCGAGGCCGUGGUGCUGCGGGAGUGUCUGCACGCCUUCUGCAGGGAGUGUCUGCAGGGCACCAUCCGCAACAGCCAGGAGGCAGAGGUCGCCUGCCCCUUCAUUGACAACACCUACUCGUGCUCCGGCAAGCUGCUGGAGAGGGAGAUCCGGGCGCUGCUGACCCCCGAGGAUUACCAGCGGUUUCUGGACCUGGGUGUCUCCAUCGCCGAGAACCGCAGUGCCUUCAGCUACCACUGCAAGACGCCGGACUGCAGGGGGUGGUGCUUCUUUGAGGAUGACGUCAACGAGUUCACCUGCCCCGUGUGUUUCCGCGUCAACUGCCUGCUCUGCAAGGCCAUCCACGAGCAUAUGAACUGCAGGGAGUACCAGGAUGACCUGGCUCUGCGGGCUCAGAACGACAUGGCUGCCCGGCAGACGACGGAGAUGCUGAGGUCCAUGCUGCAGCAGGGCGAGGCCAUGCACUGCCCGCAGUGCCAGAUCGUGGUGCAGAAGAAGGACGGCUGUGACUGGAUCCGCUGCACUGUCUGCCACACCGAGAUCUGCUGGGUCACCAAGGGCCCGCGCUGGGGCCCGGGGGGCCCUGGAGACACCAGCGGGGGCUGCCGUUGCCGGGUGAAUGGGAUUCCUUGCCACCCCAGCUGUCAGAACUGUCACUGAGCUGAAGAUGGCCGUCCCCAUGCCGACCCAGCCCCACGUCCACAGUUGCUGUGGGACAGGGCAGGUGCUUUGGCUCUGAAUUCUGGCCUGGGAGAUGCCUUUAUGCUUGGCUGAGACGGACCCAGCAGAGCCCACGGCCUCUGAGCUGCACGGCGGCCUUGUUUGUUGUGGGUGUUGCAAGGGCCCCACCUGAGCUGGCUGUUGUCCAUAGCCGCCUCUGCCCUUCCCCUGGGGCUUGCUGGCCAGACCUUUCAUCUCUUCUUUGUGGCUCCCACCUCUGCCUGGCCCAGCCUUAAACACAGCCCUGGCCAUAGGCCUUGCUGGAUAGAGCCUCCGAGAGCCCUGUGCGAGUCCAUACAUCCCCACCCCACCCACCACCUCGUCUCCUGAAUACCACGCACUCACGGCCUGCCACUUUGUCGGCUUUCUGGGCUGACUUUCCUCUGGCUUUGCUGUUGGAGGCCUGGGGCCUCUGAGAACUGCUGCUAAUCCUGUUCAGAGCCAGGAGGGAGACCUGGCAGUUUCUAAAGCAUAGCUCAUCUGGCCCAGCUUCCACAUCUCCCUCUCUGCUGCUUGUGCAGCUCAUUAAGAUGGUUUUCCAGGAAGGGAUGAGUGUGAUGUCCGAGGGAGGGAGAGGGACAUGGGCUGGGACUCCGCAGAAAGCAGGAUCCCAGCCUCUCCAGGAACUGCAGCAGGAAGUGUGUGUGUGAGCCGCUUGGCAUCCCUGUGGCCGGCUUGAGCGGGUAGGAUGUUCUCGAGUCGUUCGCCUGCACAGGGGAAGUUUGCAGUGUGUUGAGAGGCCACAAAGCAGGUUCUGCAGGUCCGUGUGGGCCUGAGGGGCAGAAGGGGCCAAGGCAGCAGGUCCAGGCAGCAGGAAAGGCUUGCUGCUCCCUCUGCUGCUCAGUGGGCAUCCAAGGUCGGGGAACAAACAUUUCAGAAUCAGGUAAAACUGCUGCAAUUGAGGGGUGAGGCUGCCCAUCCUAAUUUUAGCAUCUCAGGUAAAAAGGGCACAGCGUUGGUCCAGCAAUAUUUAUCGUCUCCUUUUUGUGUUGGUCAGGGAUUAAUCGAGUUCUGGGUGUUCAUUCUGUAAGUUUUACUGCAUUCUUGGACCCACUCCCUUCCCCUGUGAGACCUGGUGUUUGAUGGCCAACAUCAAGUCAACAGCGAGUCUGCGCUGUGCCAUGGGUCAUCAUCAAAGAGGCAGAGCGUGUCUCUCUGUCCAAGGCCUGGACUCCAGGCUCCAGAAGUUGGGGCAUGUGGUUUUGGGGCAAUGAGCUUAUUCUAACCCCUGGAAACGCAAUGCCACCCUGUCCUUGGAGGCCAAGACUGGAGUUGACCACAGGCACUGAGAGCAGAGCUAUCAGAGAACAUGAAUGCCUUCCUGCUUCGCCAGCGCUGGCUCAGCAGCUGUGGUAGCUCGAGGGCACGCUCGGGCAGCCUCCCACUCUGAGCGAGACACAGGCAGAGCCACUGACCUGGAGGACAGCAGUGGAGACCUGGACCACAGGAGUAAGAUGGGGCCCAGAUCAGAGCAGAGCGCUCUCUUACCACCUCCUUCCUCCCUCCUCUCCUGCCGGGGUCCAUCUUGGCGUCCCUUAGGCAGGGACAGGGAACCUUUUUUCUGCCAAGGGCCAUUUGGAUAUAACAUCAUGCAUGGGCCAUACAAAAUUAGCAACUUAAAAAUUAGCCUGCUAGCACCACCGGUGUUGCUCAGUGGUUGAGUAUUGACCUAUGAACUAGGAGGUCACUGCUUGAUUCCUGGUCAGGGCAUAUGCCUGGGUGGCAGGCUCAAUACCUGGUGGGGGUGGGGAGUGGGGAGGCGUGCAGAAGGCAACCAAUUGAUAGUUCUCUUAUCAAUGAUAUUUCUCUCUUCCUCUUCGUUCCUCUGAAAUCAAUAAAAAUACGUUUUUGAAAAA